UUAAUUUAUUAAGAGAGAGAAAGAGGGACGGCUUCUCACCGCAGGCUCUACGCAGCAUAAAGUCUUCGAGAUCGAAACUAUAACAGAACUUUGGAUCUUCUUCUUUUUUGGUGAUGGCUCAUCAAGACAAGUUGGAUCAUCAUCGGUGUAAUGAUUCAGACGCACAAGAUCCUACUUCAAUGACCAUUGAGUUUCUCCGCGCGCGUUUACUUGCUGAAAGAGCUGUUUCCAAGAGCGCAAGAGCUAAGCUUGAUGGCCUCGCUGACAAAGUGGCAGAGCUGGAGGAACAGCUAAAGAUUGCGUCUUUACAGAGAAAGAAGGCAGAACAAGCAACUGCUGAUGUCCUUGCCAUCCUUGCAGAAAAUGGGUUUAAUGAUGUCUCGGACGGUUAUGAUUCAACCUCUGAUCAAGAAAGCUACUCUCAGGCGAGUUCAGUGUCUGGCAAAAGCCUGUCCUGGAAAGGGCGCAGGAGAGAAGCAGCUUCUUCAGACAAGGCCAAGGAACCGCGUGAUAGGAGACAGAGAGGUUUCGACUCUGCUUAUAUCUGGCGUCCAAGACACCGCCAAGGAAGGUCUUGUCGACAGAUAAAACGCAGCGAAUCAAGAACUGUAUCUGAAGAUCACAAGGGAGAUGGAAAUGCAAUUGUUGAUACUGAAGUGGUUCCCAACGCGAGUGAAGAGUCAUCCAGAACUGUGGUUGAUGUUGUUGUUAUGAAAGGAGACGAAAGUUUGCAGAAUGUUUUAGAGAAGAGAGACAGCAUGGACAUCAACUUAGAGAGAGCGUUGGCAAAACGUGCACAAGUUAUAGGUUCUUUUGAAGAUAUGGAAGAGACUCAAAAGCAGUGGGAGAAAGAGUUCACUGAUUCUAAAUUAUCUGCCCUGGAUUCAUGUGACGUAGGGAACCAUUCAGAUGUGACGGAUGAAAGUAAUGGGGAAAAAACACAAACUCAGGUUCAAGAUUCCACACUAGUAGCCAACGAAGCUGACCAAGGUUCGCCUGAUCAUUCAGUAACAUCAUCAUCUGAUAAGUGCUGCAAAAGUUGCGGAACCAAAUCUAUGGAACAAGAUGCAUUUCCUUCAGGAGACAAAGGAAAACAAAUACCUGAGAGUCCUAAAAGUGAGUCUUCUCAUUCACAGAGCUCUCAAGGUAUCUCCCAGCACUCUUCAUCAACUAUUCAGCCAAACUCGAGAGGUAGCUCCUUUCGUAGUAAUGCCACUACUACCUUCCAGAAAGUAGAUUACCCUUUAGUUCCAGCGUCAAAGGAGAAGUCUGAUAAUUGUGAGACAGUGCUCACUGCGCUGCAGCAAGCUAAGCUGUCUCUGCAAGAGAAAGUCAAUAGCCUACAUACCAGAAAACCUGAGUAUCAAUCUGAAAGCUCAUAUCCUUCAACGCCAGGUUCAUACGCAUUAUCCAUAGAGGCAGCACCUGGUUCCAAGUCAUCUCUCCCUGCUUCCAACACCGGGUCCAUGGUAGAGUUUCCUGUUGGAUGUGCUGGACUUUUCCGAGUACCCACUGAUUUUUCACCUGAUGCAUCAACGAAGAACAGCAUUCUAGCUUCUUCGAGUACUCAGAAAGCUCUGAUUAGCCAUACACCUGACACGAGUCCUCCUUUGUCAACGGAUGAGCGUCCUCUGAUCACUCCGUACAUUGGUGGACUAAAACUAUAUGCAGGCUUCAGGGAAGAUACUCAAGAAUCUAGACAUUAUAAAGCCACACCAAGUGUUUCAGGCAGCGUCAUCUCUGGUUUUGGAGGUAACCAACUAUCAUUCUCAACUAGCCUCAACUUAGAUAGACAAGUGAGUACAUAUACUCACGUGACACCUACUCGAAGCUUGUAUCCUGAUUCAGUUCUGCGUAGUAGAGAAAUGUAUUCGACUCCUUAUUACACACGUGCGGUUGGGUUGCCUCCUAGUGGUGGUGGUUCAGGUCCAGCUGACGGCUUGUUUAGGCGAGUAUGAUUCUGUUGUGUUUUUUGUGUUCAAAGCUGCAAUAUCAUAUGUUGAACCUUAGUGUGUUGUAUACAAUGCGUGUAGAGACCAAACCAGCUUUGUGUGAAUUUGUUAGAAACAAAAGUUAAAACAAAAUACUGUAAAGAAGAUGCAAAAGGUGUAUGUAUGUGAGUGAUUCAUAGCGUUGUAAGUAGAUGACAUUGAUUGUUAUUUUUAACUUCUGUUUUUUGUACUAGUUCUUCUCUUCGAA